UCCCGCUUAUCGUGAAACAUCAUGUCUUCGGAAGCACGACUCUACACCUUCUCAGACGAGACCAAGACCAAGCUACGAAAAUUCCGACUCGGCACAAGCCGAGCCAAAGACCCGCAAGCUGUCAUCUACGAGAUCGAUAAGAAGACGCUCGAGAUACGACCGGUAGAUGGCGAGGUCUAUUCAGACGUCCAGUCCCUUGCAGACGAGCUUCCCGACCAUGCUCCCCGAUUCGUGCUCCUAAGCUACCCGUUGACACUCAACUCUGGGCGAUUGUCCGUGCCUUAUGUCAUGCUCUACUACCUCCCCAUAACGUGCAACAGCGAGGUCAAGAUGCUGUACGCGGGUGCAAAGGAGCUCAUGCGGAACACAAGUGAAGUUGGCCGCAUCAUUGAAAUCGAUAGUGCUGAGGACCUGGAAGAGAUUGAAGAGAAGCUCAAGGAGCAGGCAUAGAUUGCAGAUCGACUAGCCACUGGAUAGGCUUGAAAAGAACGCGACGUACUUGCGAAAAGACUACUCGACUACGCUUUUCGCACUACAAUCCAAGACUCGAUGAAGCACUCACAUUGCCAACAUGUGAAAGAAUCCAUCG